AAGUGCGCAGGUCCGGAAGUGCCGUUGUUUCCGCGGGUCUUUCAGGGCAACAGCAGCGCUGCUAACACCGCUUGCUUCAAAUGGCGGGAGUAAACGCAAUGGAGAAGAAACUAGCAGAGUACAAGUGUGACACGAACGAAGCCAUCUGUCUGAAGCUGGUCCGCUUCCCAGAGGACUUGGAGGAUGAUGGAACGACAUUUCACCCCGAGUACAGUCAUCAGCUUUAUGGAGACGAUGAAGUGGCUUUCGGAUACAAAGGGCUUCAAAUACAGCUGUAUUAUAGCGCUGGGAACCUGAGCACACUCUUCAAAGUCAAAUACUCCUCGAAGGUCACGGAGAAGUUUGAUUGUGUCGAGGCGGACGACGUGGAGGUGAAGAUCCGGGACAUCAUCCCGGCCGGGUUCAGCUGCAGCACGGACGACUUUGUGUCGCGGCUGGAGAAGGAGGCCAACUUCCGGCCCUUCGGCAACCUGCUGCACACGUACAAGGUCCACAACGAGGAGGCCGGCGAGCUCACCUACCAGAUCUGCAAGGUGGACAUGGCCUGCCCGGGCUUCCAGGAGUACCACGGCCGGCUUCAGACCUUCCUCAUGUGGUUCAUCGAGACGGCCAGCUUCAUCGACGCGGACGACGAUCGCUGGGACUUCUUUCUUGUAUUUGAAAAGUACAAUAAAGAUGGGGAGACUCUCUACGCAACUGUUGGCUACAUGACGGUCUAUAAUUACUACGUGUACCCAGACAAAACCAGACCACGUGUGAGCCAAAUGCUGGUCCUACCACCGUUCCAGGGAGAGGGUCACGGAGCUCAGCUCCUGGAAGCAGUCCACCGGUUCUACUGCACCCUACCCAAGGUGCAGGACAUCACAGCGGAGGACCCCUCUGAGAGCUACGUGAAGCUCAGGGACUUUGUCCUGGCCAAGCUCUGCCGGGCGCUGCCCUCCUUCGCCCCCGACAAGCUGCAGCUGGGCUUCUCCGAGGUCAUGGUGAAGGAGGCCCAGGACACGCUGAAGAUCAACAAGAAACACGCGCGGAGGGUCUACGAGAUCCUCCGUCUGAAGGCCACGGACAUGGCCGACGAGGCCAAAGCACGCGACUACCGUCUGGACGUGAAGCGGCGUCUGUUUGGACCGUACAAGGUGCGUAGCGCGGUAAACCUCCCCCUGGGGGGGGAGGGAGCACCGCGCGCUGCAGACAAUACGAUGAAGACUCGGAGACGCUCUUCCUCGUUCCGCUCCGAGACCCGCGGGCCCGAAUCCGAGUCCAGGACGCUCUUCGUCCUCACCGCCGUGGACUGUUUUCUUUAUAUCUGA